AUGAGAGAAGUUAUAUCGCUUCAUAUCGGGCAAGCAGGAAUCCAAAUCGGAAAUGCUUGCUGAGAACUUUACUGCCUUGAGCACGGCAUUCAACCAGAUGGGCAAUUAUCAGGCGACAAAGAUAUAGGAGAAGAUGAUGCUUUUAAGACUUUUUUUAGCGAAACUAACGCUGGCAAGUUCGUUCCUCGCACUGUCUUCUUUGACUCUGAGUCAGCUGUUAUUGAUAAAGUCAGAACAGGUGCCUAUAAUCAGCUAUUUAACCCUGAGCAGCUCAUUUCUGGAAAAGAAGACACUUCUAGCAUCUAUUAUCGUGGGAGGUGAAACUUGGAGCGUGAUUUGGAAGACCUUUGCAUGGACAGGAUUAGAAAACUCGCAGAUAAUUGUGAGAGUCUUCAAGGUUUCUUACUUUUCCACUCAGUUGGCGGAGGUACAGGCUCAGGCUUUGGAAUGCGUCUCCUUUGAAAUCUUCGACGCGAUUAUGGCAAGAAACCAAGAAUUGGCUUCUAUGUCUACCCAUCUCCUCAAAUCUCAGUUUCAUCUGUUGAGCCAUACAAUGCUGUUUUAUCGACUCAUUCUAUUAUUAGUGAAAUUGAGGCUACUGUUGUUCUUGAUAACGAAGCUAUUUAUGAUAUCUGCGCAAAACAACUUAAUAUAGAGCAAAUAACGUAUAAUAAUUUGAAUAGAAUUAUUGCCCAAGUCAUUUCUUCUCUGACUGCUUCACUCAGAUUUGACAGUUCCUUGAACGUUGAUGUUACUGAAUUUCAGACUAACUUGGUUCCAUACCCAAGAAUUAGCUUCUUGCUUUCUUCUUAUGCUCCAAUUAUUUCAGCUGAGAAAACUUACCAUGAGCAACUCUCUGUGGCAGAAAUUACCAAUAGUGCUUUUGAGCCCGCUUCUAUGAUGGCUAAGUGUGACCCUAGAACUGGGAAAUAUAUAGCCUGCUGCAUGAUGUAUAGGGGAGAUGUAACUCCAAAAGAAGUCAAUGCAGCUGUUGCUACCAUUAAGACCAAGAGUACAGUUCAAUUUGUUGAUUGGUGUCCAACUGGAUUCAAAUGUGGAAUUAAUUAUCAGCCGCCAGCUGCUGUUAAGGAUGAUGACUUAGCUAAAAUAAUGAGAGCUGCUUGUAUGAUCAGUAACUCAACUGCUAUUUCUGAAGUUUUCUCUAGGAUUAGCCAUGAGUUCGAUUUAAUGUUCGCUAAAAGAGCUUUCGUCCAUUGGUAUUCCUAUGAAAAUAUGUCAAGCAGAGAUUUCACAGAAGCAAGAGAAGAUUUAUGGAAAUUAUAAUAUAUAGAAAUUUUUUAAUAAUUGAAAUAAUUAUAAUUGUAUAGUAUCAUAAGAUAUAUUUAAGAAAUAGAAGAUAGCUUGCCUCAUGGAAGAUUAUGAAAUAACUGGAGCUGAAACUAUGGAGAUUGAAGGGGAAGAAGAGAGUUGGUAG